AUGAAAUCUCAUGGCAUCAUCAAACAUGGGCAUGGAAACCUUGUGCUGAUUGCCACCUACCACACCACCAACCCAGCUGAUGAAUCUGUUCCCCUUUAUGAAGAUCACCAUUUAGAAGAAGCACUGAGAAUGAAUCCAUCACUAGGACCGAGCCGACUGAGUCCUAAGGGACACAACUGUGAGAAUGAGCUUGCAGCAGGUUCCGGGAGAGGGACUGACCAGGAGCUCGGAGAUUCUCCCAAGGCGAGCGUCUCUUUCGGUACCGGCCAGUGUAAAUGGUUCAACGUUCGCAUGGGAUUCGGGUUCCUCUCCAUGACUGCGAGGGAUGGAGUCCCCCUCGAGUCACCGAUCGAUGUCUUUGUCCACCAGAGCAAGCUGCACAUGGAAGGCUUCCGCAGUUUGAAAGAGGGAGAGCCAGUGGAGUUUACGUUUAAGAAAUCUUCCAAAGGUCUGGAGUCGAUACGGGUAACGGGCCCAGGUGGCACCUCCUGCAUUGGGAGUGAACGGAGACCUAAAGGGAAGAAUAUGCAAAAGCGAAGGCCAAAAGGAGACAGAUGUUAUAACUGUGGUGGCUUGGAUCAUCAUGCCAAGGAAUGUAAACUAGCCCCCCAACCGAAGAAGUGCCAUUAUUGCCAAAGCAUCGGCCACAUGGUGGCCAACUGCACAAUCAAAGCUGCCCAGCAACAACAAUCUGCCAGUUCUCAGGGAAGACAGGAAAGUAAAUCGACAACAGGGGCCUUGACUUCAUCCCCCUCACCCACUACUCCUCAAGAAGUGGGAGGAGAGCACAGCACGGCCCUACUCCUGGAAGAAACGGGGGAGCACUUGGAAAAGCUUCUUCCGGAAGCCUACGAAAGUCCCCUGCGAGAGUUCGCCGAGGAGCCAAGUAGGCAAAGCUCGAAUUUGCAGAAAAGGAAAAAGACCUGA